GUGGUUGAUCCCCAACGGUGACUUUUGUUUGCAUGCUAAUAUUUCCUUUCAUUCGCCAUGUCUUUGUUUGCCAGCAGUUGUAUAUAGUCAGGAUGAAACGACGAGUCUACCUGUCUAUGAGGAGCACAACUUUGACGUUUUUUUUUGCAGUUGUGUACCUGUCGAAACUUUAAGUUCCUUGCAAUGAGCUGUUUGGAUGUUAUGUAUCACCACCAGAGUUAUGGAGCCCUCCAUUACUUGCCAGCGACAACAGCAGCGGCAGCGGCAGCCUACAGGGCGGCGUACCAGCAACAGAAGACGCUCAGUGCUUACAACAAGAUGCAGGAAUCUACUUUCAGUAUCCUCCCCACACCCUGCGCUGAGGGGAUGAGGCAGCCACCGAAGCAACAGGAGAGUCCAAGACAGGAGGAGGUGCCAGGAGGGUCAACCGAAGUUGGCUCAUCGCUGGGUAAAGGUGUCCAGCCAGCGCCAGCGGAGGCGGAAUACCUCAGCGCCAAGUGCGUGGUGUUCACCUACUUCCAGGGCAACAUUGGGGAUGUGGUGGACGAACACUUCUCCCGUGCCCUGAGUCAAACGAGUGCCUUUACCAGCGAUGCCAAACCAGCCUCACGGUUUUCAUCAUCAGGACCACUAUGGAGAGAAAGAGGCUCUCUGCCUGAUGCUCACUGUGGGAGCAGUAUACCUUCCCCGUUGUGGACCAGCACUGGCUACUCCUCCCAGGCCUCCCCCUGCCUCUCCGCGGUUCAUCAUCCGGACUACCCCACGGCGGCCACCUUUCACUCGCCCGAUGCCACCACGGGCACCCCGGGCUGGAGUGGGCACAGCCUCCCGCACCAGCUCAGCAUGACCCCUGCUGUUGGCCUUCCUGACUCCUGGCAUUAUGGCCUUAGCCCUCAGGCUGCUGCUGCUGGUGGCGCUAGCUACCCUCACCCUCACAUGCACGACUUGUACAGCCAUCAUCAUCAUCACGUGCACCCGCGCCAUCCUCACGCGCACAACCACCCCCACCCCCACCCCCACAUGUUAGCCCAUCCUCACGGCCCCAGCUUGGAGUCCUGCUUCAGCCCGCUGCUCCUCCACUCCUCCUCCACCCGCUCACCCUGCAGCCUCACGCCCCCCAGGGACGGCGCCAAAACAGACCUGGAAGCUGCCGCCACCGCCACCGCCACGCAACCCUCUAGUUGGCAGACCUCGUUCCAAAGCUCAUUGGAUACCCUCGACACAAAUGUGGACCAGGACAAAAUCAAAGCAGCGGUUUGGUUCUGAACUCCUGAAUCAAAUCAACACCUAGAGUACUGCCCUACGUGUUCCUUUGAACAGAACAUUCAGUAUUACCAGGAAUGAAGUCACACUGAAGAAUAUGUUUCCAUCAGUAAGAAUACGGCAAUACUAUGUCUCUCUCAGAAAUGUUCCGGGUGAAAAUCCCUGGCUGAUAUCAGUCUCUGGUUUGGUAGAGGCCACCAUCCAGUAGAUAACGAGUCUAGGAAGACAGCUUUCCCCCACCCAUCAUUUCAAAUGAAGGACAUGGAACUGGGAACUGGGAACUCGUUUCUACAGAAUGUUGAUACACCCUUUACCAACAGGGUGCUACUGCUCUGAUGUAACAUUUUGUUCUGCUCAAAGAACCUUCUUUUAUUGAAAACGAUUCUUUUUAUGUGACAGUUAAUGACUGGUUUAUGUUUUUUAUAUCUGUAUUUGUACAUAACCAUGACUGUAAAUUAUGUGUAUAUAAUAACUGUAAUAUACAUUUGUAUUAUUGCUCUUAUCGAAUGUGUUGCACCCUGUAUUGUUCUGGCAAUGUGGGAGAUAGUUUUGUAAGUUUGACACUAGAAAUAAAUAGCUGAG